UAUAUUCGGCUUCAACCAAAGAUGCCACCAGACCGCCGGAAAUUCCGCAUAGAGAGGGAGAGAGAGAUAGAGAUGGCUUCUCUUCUCGCCACAUGCGCUGGCUCUUCUUCCACCACGUCCUUGGCUCGCAGAUUCUCGUCUCUCCAAUCGAUUUCCUCCGGAACUUCGCGCGGCCCAUUUCGUAUACCACCGAAUUCGAGUAGACCCACUUGCCUCUCCACUGAAAACAAGUACGCUUUGAGAGCCAUAGUGAAUGAAACCUCCGUUUCCGAGCCACCUCAGGGGGUGGAGGAAUCCGAAUCCGAUCUCGUUACCUCUCUGAAGUUGAAAUUGCUCAAUGCUGUUUCUGGAUUGAAUAGAGGCCUUGCUGCUAAUGAGGAUGAUUUGGGAAAGGCCGAUUCUGCUGCAAAAGAACUUGAAAGCAUAGGAGGCCCUGUAGAUCUGUCAUCCAAUCUUGAUAAGCUACAGGGAAGAUGGAAACUGAUCUAUAGCAGUGCAUUCUCAUCUCGAACACUUGGUGGAAGUCGUCCUGGACCUCCAGUUGGUAGGCUACUUCCACUGACUCUUGGACAGGUGUUCCAAAGGAUUGAUGUUGUGAACAAAGAUUUUGAUAACAUUGUGGAGCUGCAGAUAGGGACCCCAUGGCCAAUUCCACCUUUUGAAGUCACUGCUACAUUAGCCCAUAAGUUUGAACUGAUAGGGGAUGCAAAAAUUAAGAUUGUUUUUGAGAAGACCACAGUAAGGCCAACUGGAAGUUUCUCACAGCUGCCUCCUCUUGAUCUUCCUCGAAUACCAGAUGCCUUAAGGCCGCCUUCGAAUACUGGAGCUGGAGAAUUUGAAGUUACCUAUAUAGAUUCUGAUAUCCGCAUUACAAGAGGAGACAAGGGAGAGCUACGUGUAUUUGUUGUUGCAUAGACAUGGGACAUUUUCGGUUCAUUCUGCUUGUGAAAGAUUUCAACUUUUCUGCUGCUCUUUUCUUGCUACUAGGCAGAUAGUUUCAAGUUUUUCCUUGUAAAUCUGGGAAAAAAUUUUGUUGUACAUCAGGUGGCGUCAAUAACAUUGUCUUAGAUACAUGGUAAUGGUCGUCUUGAGUUAUAACACGGAAAUCACAGUGGAUGUUCUGUAUAUUAAGGUGACAUAAGUCCUACUAUUCAAGUCGGAUACCUGAGUCCAAGUGGCUGAGAGGCACGCGCCACCAGCGAAGGCUACUUGUACUCCACCCAAGUAGUUGAAUAAGAUGUCAUCUUUAUUAGUAUA